CAAAUUCAUUUCAAGAAAACCGGUGCUUACGGGUAUCCGGCAACUUGGUAACGAGAUGCGAGAUUUCUGCGUUAUCGCAUUUUUGUCGCAACUUGCCCAUCGUAUCUAGCGUGAAAACCUCCCCGGCUGGCUGGCGUAGCUAGCCGCAUGACACCGCUCAGCUAUCCGGCGUUAGAAUCCGCAAGCUAGUAUACGGUUGAGCCCCCAACCUCAGCAAGCUUGAAAUCUUACAAAAAAUAAUCAGAUAGAUGAAAUCCAGUCAUUAGGGCAAUGUCAGAUCUACAUGUAGACUGCAAGUUGAUCACUUCUGAUACAUUUUCUUAGCUAAUGGGACUUCAGAGUGGAAAUAGUUUAAACUAAAGAUGUUCAAGAAUGAAUUCCAGGGUGGUCCCUUUGUGGAAGUAUUCAGCUCACAGGGUAAAGAACCCUUAUCUAAAUGGAAACUGUCAGGGCAGACUUCUAUUCAGAAGUUAUUUGACAAGGAAUGCAAGAGUUACAUUCACACUCUUGAGGGAGCAUCAACAACCACCAAGAUACAGCUGCCUAAAGAAAGCAAACAAGCUUUGUUGCUUAUUCAACGGUAUCUGGUAAUACAGUCAUUCAUUCCUCUUGGUCAAGACUUCUCCAUGGAACUAGGGGUCACUGAUAUGGGCAACAACAAGAGACGAUUGUUUUUCUCAACUGCUCAGAAGGAGACUUCUGCAACACCACUUCAUGCUAAAGUACCUCUCACCAUUAUUAAGAGAGCAAUUUGGCUAAAUCUUACUAUUGACAUGGUGUCACUUGUUGGUGAGAUGUUCAGGGGUCAAACGUUCAAGUCACUUGAUACCAUCAUCAUCUCAGCAUGCUGUAAGCUCAGGAAGAUAUUCACCUUGAAAGACCAACCUGGAGAUACCACUGAUGAUGACGAAUUGUAUGAUUGUACGCCAUUAACCAACAGUGCUUCAGAUAUUUCACCUGUACCAAAAGCUUGCCAAUUUACUUCAGAUGUUCCCUAUCACACCCAGAUUCUUUCAAUGUCUAAGUUAAGACAUGCUGAAUUCAAAUUAAGAGGAGACGGAAGCAGACCUUCAUCAUCCAGUGAACCUGAUUUGAAUUCCAGUCUGAGGGCCAAAGAUGAUAGACCAACACACAUAGCAUUUGGAACUAAAGUAUAUGCUCCUCAAACAUCAUCUGGAAGAAAGGUAUCUGCAAGAGAAAGAGAGGGUUCAGGUCACAGUGGAAGUAGAUCAAGUCGAUCAUCACAUUCCCGGUCACAGGCAUCAGAUGAUCCUUUACCUAGUGCACGAGGUGUAGCUCCCUCUAUUGGUGAAAAGGUAGACAAACUAGUUGUGCAUGGCCACACUCGUCAGCAGUCAGAUCCAGGAACUGAGAUUGACAAUCCAGACAAAGUUGAUAAAGAUACUUUAACUGGGAGUAAGACUUGGACAGCACCUGUGAUCAGGGAGGAUUCUGCAAGGCAUCCACACCCACCCAGGGAGAAUUCGGGUGGAAAGUCACGCAGAGUUGUCAAGGUUCGUCCAAGCAGCGGGAAGAAAAGCGAUGCCUCGGAAUCAAGCGAUGUGGACCUGACAUCAGCCAGGGGGAAGCAAAAAUUGAGCUCCAGAGGCAACACCUCAGGUGCUAAUACCUCAAAUGCCAGUAGGAGUGAUUCAAUGGCCGCUUUGUCCACUGGCAUGCAGAACAUGAACAGCAAAUCAGCAGGAAGAGGUAGGACUCGUUUAGAUAGCCUGUCUGAAUCGGACGAUCACCAAGAGGCCAUUGGAGAUGGGCGCAACGGAAGACUUGCCUCUGGGCGCAGUAAGAUCCCUCGGAGAAAGAAGAAAGACAGAAGCAAUGGUAGCAGUAAAAUGACUGGUGUGUCAGAAAAGGAAGAGUUGGUAGGAAGUGAUAAUGUUGGCUCAAGGACUGCUAGAUCAAGAGAGAAGAAAGGGUCAUCAGAUGGAGUUUCUUCAGUGCAAUCUGUGGAAGGGAGAGUUGUAAAGAAUGGUGAUGAUAUUAGUGUGAAGAUGGGAGAAUCAGAUUCAGGUGUGGCAUUCUCAGUUGAAAUGUCUGAUCCUGAAGGCAGUCAUUCUGUUGUGUCUUCAAGCAGAUCAAUUAAAACAGAUGGUAAAGAUAAGAAUGCCCUUUAUACAUUCAUGUCACCUCCUCAUACUGUUCCAGUUCGAGCACCAGACAGUUCAAGACAACUAGAUCCAAGUAAACUUCAGAUGAAAAUGCAAGCCAUCCUAGAUAGUUCAACUCCAAGCAACCUCAGUGAAGACAAAAACAAGGACAACUUUGACACUGUGAAACAAUCAUCCAGAGAACUUAUCAGUCCCGAGACGGAUUUCUUGAGACAUGCCCAGCUGAACGAUGACUCUGAUCUCGAAGACGAUUGGCAAGGGAACGGUAGAUUGAAUGUCAAUAGAACGAUUGAGCGUUCCCGGUCACGUUCCCCGAAGAAUAGGACGGGUGAUGAUGAUGGAAAUGAAAACAUCAGUUCAAUGCCUGAGAGCAGUAGAUCUAAUCAACGUCAACAGCCGUCGAUGAGUUUAUCACCAACGUUACGUCGGAGUAAGCUUGCUUCCUUGGCUCAAAGCCAAGGAGGGGCAUCACAGCAAGCUGCCAGGCUUUCAGUAUCAAGGAUGAGUAUCAGAUCAAAACACCUCAAAGAAAUACCAAAGGAUGAUCCAAGGGUGUCUGAUGACUACGACUGGAGGAAAUACCAAUCUAAUAACAGUUCGCUGGCCUCCUCACUUGAAGCCAACAUGCUGGCAAGCCUUAAGAGACAGCAGCUUGAAGAGCUGUAUGAAGAUCGUAAUGAGGGAGCAGCGAACAAUAGCUUUGAGAUUCACAACUAUGGUGACGAUGAUGAGAGCAGCUCCAGUGAUGAUACCAAUACAACCAUUAGCACUUGGAAACCUCCGGAUAAUUUGAGGAGAGGCAAAGGCUAUCAAGAAGAAAUGAAUUAUGCUCCAACUGGCAACCCUCUUAUGCAGUCAAAUCCAAGAGACUGGUCCAAUCUCUUUAGUCCACCCAUUGUGCUACCUAGUGAGAAGAAGCUUCAGAAUGAACAGUCUCAACUCUCACCUGUCAAUGAGUUUGGAUCAGGGGUGCUGAAUGAUGGUGGUCGACACAAGUCAACAAGCAGUGAUGUCAGAGGAGGAGGAGGGGAUACUGACGGAGAAGAAGAGCUUGAUCUACUCUAUGAUCCUUGCCUUAAUUGCUAUUUUGACCCAAGGACUGGCAAGUAUUACGAAUUAGCAUAAAGGUACUUUUUAAUAAUCGUUUCAUAUUAUAUAAAGGAUUAUUUUGAGUAUGUUGUAUUCAUGUCAUGAUGUCAUGUAUGUUUGCAGACUUAAUAAGGAUUCAACUGCCGGCAGCUGAGCUAUAUGCAGCUUUUUUUUACAGUCACAGGAUUUUGGAGAAUUUGAACCCCCAAUUUCUCAACACAUGCACAUAGUUGAUCAGUAAUCUUUCUUGUGUAACUUUUUACAAAAUUAUUGAAUCACUGUUAAUAUUUAUUUUGUAUCACAAUCAGAUAUUUGAUUAAGGUACAGUCCUCAGUUUUCCAAGGUAUGGGAAACAAAAGUAAAAUCCCAGAAUUCAAAGAAAUUUACAGAAAACAUUGUUGACUAUGAAAUUUGAAUCAGAAAUUCACAAUGAAAAUCCUGAAAAUCAAAGUCAAAUCCUAUAAAAAAGAAAAUUCUGCAUCCUUAUAAAAUCUGCCAAUGUGCUAUUAAGAGUAUUUAUUUGUUCCCAAAGCUUUGCAUGUUGGAACUAUGAUUGAAAAUUGAUUUCAAAGAUUGUCACUAUUUAUCGCAUUAUCAUAUAUGUUUUGUACAUGUCACCAAAGAAUAUAGAAUUUGAUUUUCAAAACGAGGAAGAAUGCAGAAUUGCUCUUUCGAAAAUGGAAAACCUGGGACAUAAGGUUAGGGUGGAGGGACCGAAUCAACCUCAUAAAUAUUUAAGCGAAGCUUUAUCUAUGCAGAAUUUAUAACUAAUUAAAAUUUUAUAUGAAUGCAACCAUGAAUUGAUAAGGUCAGUCUGUAUCAAGUUUGUAUUGUAUUGCUUUUUAAUACCCAGCAUAAUGUAUGGUUUACUACAGUCUACACAGAGUUUGUAUUUUGAGAUCUUGUAAAUUUGGGUUAUAAAAGAAAAAAACUUCUAUAAUGCAAAAGUUCAGCACUAUGUAUGUUGGUGUAAGUUCAUUCUAUGUGCCAAAUUUUAUGACUUUUGUUUGAGUCAUGAUCACGGUUUUUAGAUUUUUUUAUGCAGAAAAGAUUUAAAUUAAGAUGCUUUCUGAGAUUUUCAUCAUCUGCAAAUAAGACAUUUUUGCCUUUAUUCUUAGCUUUUUGAAAUGUUUCCAUUCCACUUUGUUCUGAAAAAAAUUUAUAUAACAGGCAUUUUGAAAAUGUAAUGUAUCGUUUUCAUGCUUUUCUUUGUGUGUGACUUCAUUGUGAUUUUCAAGGAACUCUUUGUAAAAAGAUUAUUAAAGACUAAAAGAUAUUCAUUCUAAACUUCUUUCUUAUUUAUAGAAUUGAUUACUAACAAGAAAGUGUGUGAUUGUUUCAUUAUAGCAUUGCCUUCAGAAUUCAUUGAAAUAAAAUACUGUUUGAUAUGAUGGCAAUAACAAAAGAUUGAUUUUCAUAUCUACAAUAUUAGGACUAUUUUUAAACAUUGUAUGUGCGUGCAUCAAAUUCAUGCCUCAUUACCUUGGGAUUACAUGUUUGUUUGCACUUUGACAUGAUAGAGUUAUUUUAUGACUCUUCAACUUUUGUCUUUUGUUAUGUUUGGUAGUUUGUGUGAGGAGGUAUGGAAGCCACAGUCUUAGAUACUUUCAUUAUAUUCAUACAUAUUAUCCAUUUAAUGAUCAUAAGAAUGUGUCUUUCCUGUGUAAUAACUUGAUUGAAUUGAUUUAAAUGGUCUAUUUAAUUAAAAAAAGGUUAAUACCUUCUGUAUGAAUAAAUGAACCUCGCAUUUAGCCUAGGGAUAUGUUGAUUAAAGACCAUAUCAGAACCAGAAACAAACUUUACAUCAGUGGAAAGCUUUA